GGCGAGCCGCGCCUUGGCGGGGCCGCCGGAGCUGCCGGGCGGCCGGAGCGCGGAGCGGCCGCGGCGGGGCCGGCCUCUUACUGCCAGAUGAAGCCCAAACCAGCAUGUCUGACACCUGCCUGGGACCAAACCCUGCUUAUUCCCUGUGGCAGAUAAAGGAGUGAAAGGUGGCCCUCCAGAGCAAAUGCUGAGUUAACUUUCCUCCUGUGGAGUGGGGUGUAUGCUGUUGUGAAGGCACUUGGAAGAGCCUGGAGCAAUGCCACCACCUUCAGACAUUGUGAAAGUAGCUGUUGAGUGGCCAGGUGCCAAUGCCCAGCUGCUGGAAAUAGAUCAGAAAAGGCCUCUUGCUUCUGUCAUCAAGGAGGUCUGUGAUGGGUGGUCACUGCCAAACCCCGAGUACUACACCCUGCGCUACGCCGAUGGGCCCCAGCUGUACAUCACAGAGCAGACUCGCUGUGACAUCAAGAAUGGAACUAUCCUACAGCUGGCAGUUUCCCCAUCCAGGGCAGCUCGCCAGCUGAUGGAGAGGAUCCAGUCUCACAGCAUGGAAGCCCGACUGGAUGCCAUGAAGGAUCUGGCUAAGCUCUCAGCAGAUGUGACCUUUGCCACUGAGUUCAUCAACAUGGAGGGGAUUACAGUGCUGACACGGCUCGUGGAGAGCGGGACCAAGCUUCUGUCCCAUUACAGUGAAAUGUUGGCUUUCACCCUGACUGCCUUCCUGGAGCUCAUGGACCAUGGUAUUGUCUCUUGGGACAUGGUCUCAAUAACCUUCAUCAAACAGAUUGCAGGGUAUGUGAGCCAGCCCAUGGUAGAUGUCUCCAUCCUCCAGAGAUCCUUAGCCAUCCUAGAGAGCAUGGUGCUAAACAGUCAGACACUGUAUCAGAAGAUAGCAGAAGAGAUCACCGUGGGGCAGCUCAUCUCUCAUCUGCAAGUCUCAAACCAGGAGAUUCAGACAUAUGCCAUUGCCCUCAUCAAUGCCCUCUUCUUGAAGGCACCUGAGGACAAGAGACAGCAGGACAAGCUGCUUAACCCGCUAGACCUGCCCAUCACUGAGAUGGCUAAUGCAUUUGCCCAGAAGCACCUGAGGUCUAUAAUCCUGAAUCAUGUGAUCAGAGGAAACCGCCCCAUUAAAACCGAAAUGGCUCAUCAGCUCUACGUGCUGCAGGUCCUCACCUUUAACCUCCUGGAAGAGAGAAUGAUGACCAAGAUGGAUCCCAAUGAUCAGGCACAGAGAGACAUCAUAUUUGAGUUGAGAAGAAUUGCAUUUGAUGCAGAGUCUGACACCAACACCGUCCCUGGCAGUGGAACAGAGAAACGCAAAGCCAUGUACACCAAGGACUACAAGAUGCUGGGAUUCACUAAUCACAUCAAUCCAGCCAUGGAUUUUACUCAGACCCCUCCAGGGAUGCUGGCACUGGACAACAUGCUCUACCUGGCCAAAUUUCAUCAGGACACCUAUAUCAGAAUUGUCCUAGAGAACAGCAGUCGAGAGGAUAAGCACGAGUGCCCCUUCGGGCGCAGCGCCAUCGAGCUCACCAGGAUGCUCUGUGAGAUCCUGCAAGUUGGGGAGCUCCCCAAUGAAGGCAGGAAUGACUAUCACCCCAUGUUCUUCACCCAUGACCGUGCAUUUGAGGAGCUAUUUGCCAUCUGCAUCCAGUUGCUGAACAAGACCUGGAAAGAAAUGAGGGCAACAGCAGAAGAUUUUAAUAAGGUCAUGCAGGUUGUGAGGGAGCAGAUCACCCGGGCUCUUCCCUCCAAACCAAAUUCCCUGGACCAGUUCAAGAGCAAACUGCGCAGCUUGAGCUACUCUGAGAUCCUGCGACUGCGCCAGUCUGAGAGGAUGAGCCAAGAUGACUUCCAGUCCCCACCUAUCGUGGAGCUGAGGGAGAAAAUCCAGCCUGAGAUCUUGGAGCUGAUCAAGCAGCAGCGCCUGAACAGACUCUGUGAGGGGAGCAGCUUUCGCAAGAUUGGAAACCGCAGGAGGCAAGAAAGAUUCUGGUAUUGUCGCCUCGCUCUGAAUCACAAGGUGCUACACUAUGGAGAUCUGGAAGAUAAUGCCCAGGGGGAAGUGACCUUUGAAUCUCUACAGGAAAAGAUUCCAGUUGCAGACAUCAAAGCCAUUGUCACAGGGAAGGAUUGUCCACACAUGAAGGAGAAAAGUGCACUGAAACAGAACAAGGAAGUGUUAGAAUUGGCCUUCUCAAUAUUGUAUGAUCCUGAUGAGACCCUGAACUUCAUUGCACCUAAUAAAUACGAGUACUGUAUCUGGAUUGAUGGGCUUAAUGCUCUCUUGGGGAAGGACAUGUCCAGUGAGCUGACCAAGAGUGACCUGGACACCUUGCUGAGCAUGGAAAUGAAGCUGAGACUCCUGGACUUGGAGAACAUCCAGAUCCCCGAAGCACCGCCGCCCAUCCCCAAGGAGCCGAGCAGCUACGACUUCGUGUACCACUAUGGCUGAGGGGGACUGAGCCGCCCGGGCAGCCCCGGGCCGGCGGCGGGGGUCUGGCUCGGCUGUGACUCGCAGGGGGCCCGCGGCGGGCGCAGCUCCCGGCGCGCUGUGCCGCCGUGCCGGGAGCGGCGGGGCGGGCUGCUGUAUCGGUACAAUAAUAACAAGUUCCGCUGUCUGCCGCUGCCGCCUCCGCCUUUUCCCGCCCGGACCCCGCC